CCCACUCCCUCAGCCAAUAAUCAAGACUCUCUCUCCCUUCGCAGUGCUGUCUAUACAUGCAUUCGUUCCUGCACAGCCUCUUUUAUAUCAGGGAUAUUAUAAUCCUUGAUCCAGCUCCAGCUACAGCUACAAUGAAAAUUUUGCUUUUCUUCCAUCUCCUUACAACUACUAUGUAUUUUUCUUCCUAUAACAUCUCCAUUUCUUCUCCUUCCGUGAUCUUUCUAAAAGGAAGGAGAUCCAUGAGAGAACAGCGAAUAUUGCCACUCCACAGAAAUGUACAAGACAAAAACAAGGUAUAUUCCUUCCUAAAGGCUUUUGAUGAGGAGACAAAGCAAAUGACAAUUCAAGAACAUGUCAGAGUCAGAGCACAUCAGCAUCUCAGCAACAAUGAUUUAGAUCUUGUUUACCACAUUGACUACCAAGGCGUGACAACUCAUCCUAUUCCCACUCCAAAACAUCCAAAACCAUAGAACAUUUAUUUUUACCCCCAAGAUCCAUAUGGAAGGAAUGAAACAUGCAUGUUUUUCAAUUCUAAAAUAUCAGUUUACAGUGUACUGUCAAAAUGAUGAUAACAAGGACAAGGACUAAGGCAUUUCUAUUUGCAUUACUUUUGUUU